GAAGCGCAAUUCUUUUAUUAAAUUGCGUGUUAUGUUGAAAGGUUUAGAGAAAAAAAACACUAACUACCGCAAAGCAAUUCAAUUAGAGAAACGCUUUGCUAUUGCUUUACAUGCUCUUGGCUCUUCUGCAGAAUACCGAACAAUUGGAAAUAUGUUCGGAAUUGGUAAAAGCACUGUCUUCUCCAUUCUAAUUGAUUUCUGUCAUGAAGUCUGGCAAUGUUUGUUACCUUUGUAUUUGAAAAAAUUCACAAUGAACGAAAUUCAAUUGCGCGAGUAUAUAAAUGGUUUUGAGUCUUUGGGUUUCCCUCAAGUGUUAGGAACUAUAGAUGGUUGUCAUAUAGAAGUUCGCCCAGCUGCAGAAGAUGCUGUUGACUACUACAAUUACAAAGGCUGGUAUUCCACAACUCUUUUGGCUUUAGUAGAUGCAAGAUGUCACUUUAUAUACAUCAACGUUGGUGGUCCGGGCCGUUGUAAUGACUCUUCAAUAUUUGAGGGUUCAUCCUUAAAAAGCGAGUUGGCACAAUCUACUUUAUUCAAAGACAUGAGUAGACAAAUAUCGUCAGUUAAUGUUCCAGUCGUUUUGUUGGGCGACUCUGCACUCAAAUUUGAUAAACAUUUGAUGAAACCGUACCCAUUUUGUGUAAACCAAACUUUGGAUAAAAAAAAUUCCAAUAUGUACUCUCGAAAUGCCAAAGAGUGGUGGAGAAUGCUUUCGGUCAUUUAAAGGGAAGGUUUAGACGCGUUGGAAAAGGCUUGGAUAACCACAUGACCAACACGAGAAUUGUCAUAAAAGCGUGCUGAGUUUUCCACAAAUUUUUAAAUGAGGAAGAUGAUGAAACUAAUGAAAAGCAGACUGAAAACGAAUCACGGAAGUUGCCAGAAGACGUCUCUAACAUUUGUGGAAAUGUUAACACAAGAGCAGAAGAAAUAAGACAAGCGUUCGUUUAGUAUGUCGCAUCGCUUGACGAUGGCCGAGCGCAACCACGAGACGUACAAGAACCAUCGUCUGGGCUUGGG